AUGGUGAAAGUGGUAUUUGGGGAAAAUGAAACCUGUUAUUAUUACUUGUCACUUGAUAAGCAGCUCAGUGGCUCCAGUGUCAUACAACCUGGGCAGCAACAUUUGUCACUGCAGCUUCAACAGAGGCGUGAAAAUGCCUUGGAUGAUCGUCAUAAAGCUUCUGUUGGUUCAUCUACUGAUGUAAAACCACUGUUAUCUUCUCUAGGGCAAUCUUCAGUACUAACACCUAUUGAUGCUCCUAGUACCAAUAAGUUACAUAGCUCAGUCAGCACCCCGUCAAUGCUAUCUUCUUCUUCUCCUGGUUUUGUUCGCCCUUCCCGUGCAGCUCCUUCUACCAGGUUUGGAUCUGCCUUGAACAUUGAAACUUUGGUUGCUGCUGCUGAGAAAAGAGAAAUUCCUAUUGAGGCUCCAGGGUCAGAGGUUCAGGACAAGAUAUUAUUUAUAAUUAAUAAUGUUUCUGCUGCUAAUAUUGAAGCUAAAGCAAAAGAGUUCACUGAAAUUUUGAAAGAGCAGUACUAUCCUUGGUUUGCACAGUAUAUGGUUAUGAAAAGUGCAGCAGGGAAGCUUAUAUGGACUAUUGGGGUUAAUAAAGAAAUUGAAAGAGUAGUAGGGAGGUUUAAAUGGGCUGUUGGGGGGUUAAUAGUAGCAAGCAUUGAGCCAAAUUUCCAUGACCUGUACCUGAAAUUCCUGGAUAAAGUUAAUUCGAAGGUUUUGAACAAAGAGAUUGUUCAGGCAACUUAUGAAAAUUGCAAGGUUCUUUUAGGAUCAGAACUCAUAAAAUCAAGUUCAGAGGAACGCUCUUUGCUUAAAAAUUUGGGUAGCUGGCUCGGAAAGUUAACAAUUGGCCGGAAUCAGGUUUUGAGGGCUCGUGAAAUAGACCCAAAGUCCUUGAUUAUGGAGGCAUAUGAGAAGGGGCUAAUGAUUGCUGUCAUUCCAUUUACAUCAAAGGUCCUUGAACCAUGCCAAAGUAGUCUUGCUUACCAACCUCCUAAUCCUUGGACUAUGGGCAUUUUGGGAUUGCUUGUUGAGAUUUAUUCAAUGCCAAACUUGAAAAUGAACCUCAAGUUUGACAUAGAGGUGUUAUUUAAAAAUCUUGGUGUUGAUUUGAAGGAUGUCACACCAACAUCUCUUCUGAAGGAUAGAAAAAGAGAAUUUGAAGGAAAUCCUGAUUUCUCUAAUAAAGAUGUUGGAGCAUCUCAAUCACAACUUAUUACUGAUAUAAAAUCUGGUCUUGUACCUCCUGUAAAUCAAGUAGAAUUACCACUUGAAGUCACCAAUCCAUCCAAUACGGGGGCUCAUCCACAUAUGCUGUCUCAGUAUGCUGGUCCUCUUCAUAUGUCCUCGGGUGCAUUGAUGGAAGAUGAAAAGGUAGCACCUCUGGGACUGUCUGAUCAACUUCCCUCUGCCCAAGGACUGUUACAAGCAACUCCUUCCCCAGCAGCACCUUUUUCUAUUAGCCAGCUUCCUACACCGAUACCUAAUAUUGGGACUCAUGUUAUUAUUAAUCAAAAGCUCAGUGGUUUUGGUUUGCAAAUGCAUUUUCAGAGAGCGGUACCCAUUGCAAUGGAUAGAGCUAUCAAAGAGAUAGUGUCUAGUAUCGUGCAGCGUAGUGUUUCCAUAGCAACACAAACAACGAAGGAACUUGUUUUAAAGGAUUAUGCCAUGGAAUCUGACGAGACACGCAUAUUAAAUGCAGCACACUUAAUGGUCGCUAGUCUGGCUGGGAGUUUGGCUCAUGUUACAUGCAAAGAACCCUUAAGGGCAUCAAUAUCUGGUCAACUGAGGACUUCACUUCAGAACUUAAAUAUUGCUAAUGAAAUUUUGGAACAAGCUGUGCAACUUGUCACCAAUGAUAAUCUUGAUCUAGGUUGUGCAGUCAUUGAACAGGCAGCUACUGAUAAGGCAAUAAACACCAUUGAUACAGAGAUUGGUCAACAACUUUCUUUGAGAAGGAAGCAUCGAGAAGGUAUGGGGUCUACAUUUUUUGAUGCAAAUUUGUAUCCACAAGGUUCAAUGGGUGGUGUUCCCGAGCCUCUUCGUCCCAAGCCUGGACAGUUGUCCCUUUCACAACAGCGUGUCUAUGAGGACUUUGUUCGGCUUCCCUGGCAAAACCAGUCUAGCCAGAGCUCACAUUCUAUGUCUGCUGGGGUUUCUGUUCAAUCUGGCAAUACUGGUCUUCCUAGCACCAAUGGUUCUCUAUCAGGUCAGGUUAACUCUGGUUACCCUGUGAGCACAGGAUAUGAAGGAGUAUCCCGACCAUUAGAAGAUAUGACGGAGUCUAGUUUGGCUCCACAUUUUAGUGGUUCCUCUAUUCACCUUAGAGCAUCAUCUGAUAGUGUUUCCCAGCAUAGUUUGGAGAAAGAGUCUGUUGCUUCAUUUCCUUCAGCUGCUUCAACCCCUGAAUUGCAUGCUGUGGAUUCAGCUGAAGUGAAAGAAUCUGGAACUUCUUCACAGCCACUAGUUACAUCAGGUGCUGUAGAGCGCCUUGGAAGUAGUUUCUUGGAGCCUUCUCUUUCUACUAGAGAUGCCCUAGAUAAGUUCCAAAUUGUUGCACAAAAGAAGUGUCGUAAAAGAAUAUUUGAAACAGGACCACCCAUUGUGCCAUGGUUGGAAGCUAUGGUCAGCAAUGAUUCCAGAGAUGCAGAAAUACAGGGUGUCGUUUCUGAGGUCCCUGAGAUCAUACUUAGAUGUGUUAGUCGAGAUGAGGCAGCUUUAGCUGUGGCUCAAAAGGUUUUCAAGGGUUUGUAUGAUAAUGCAUCAAACAACAUCCAUGUUUCUGCUCAUCUUUCAAUCCUGACUGCCAUUCGUGAUGUUUGCAAGCUUGCGGUGAAGGAGCUGACUAGUUGGGUAAUUUAUUCGGAAGAAGAAAGGAAAUAUAACAAAGAAAUUACUGUUGGCCUCAUCCGUAGUGAAUUGCUAAAUCUUACUGAGUACAAUGUUCAUAUGGCAAAACUUAUUGAUGGAGGAAGGAACAAGGCUGCAACGGAAUUUUGCAUUUCCCUUCUUCAAACCCUGGUUAUCGAGGAACCCAAAGUUAUUUCAGAACUUCACAAUCUUGUUGAUGCUUUGUCAAAGCUUGCUACUAAGCCUGGAUGCCCUGAACCAUUACCACAGCUUCUUGAAAUGAUCAAGAAUCCUGGUUCUCUAUCCUCUAGCAAUGCUGGAAAGGAGGAUAAGGCAAGACAAUCAAGAGACAUUAAGGGUCCUGGAAUGCUACCUGCAAACAGAGAAGAGUUCAACAGUGUGGAUUCUAUUGAACCAGAUCCUGCUGGGUUCCGGGAGCAGGUUUCCAUUUUGUUUACAGAAUGGUAUAGGAUAUGUGAACUUCCUGGUGCCAACGAUACAGCCUCUGCCCACUUCAUCUUACAAUUGCAUCAGAAUGGGUUGCUGAAGGGGGAUGAUCUGACAGAUCGAUUUUUCCGACUAUUACUGGUUGCUUAUCUUUUCUUCAUGCUGGAGCUUGCUGUUGCGCAUUGCUUAUCCACUGAGAUGAUUAAUUCAGGGUCACUGCAAUCCCAACAGCCGCAGGCAAUGUCAUUUCUUGCAAUUGAUAUUUAUGCAAAGCUUGUCUUCUCAAUCUUGAAGGGAUCAAACAAACCCUUUCUUCUUUCCAAGAUUCUGGCAGUUGCUGUUAGAUUCAUUAUAAAAGAUGCUGAGGAGAAGAAGGCAUCUUUUAAUCCUAGACCACUUUUCAGAUUAUUCAUCAACUGGCUUCUAGAUCUUGGUUCUCUUGAGCCUGUUACUGAUGGUGCAAAUCUCCAGAUUUUGACUGCCUUUGCCAAUGCAUUUCAUGCAUUGCAACCGCUGAAAGUUCCUGCAUUCAGGUCAGGAAUGCCUUCGUGUGAUUCAUUGUUGGCUGUAUUUUGGUUUGAGUUUAAGGAUAAUGGUGUAAUGGCAUACUACUUUAUUGAGAUGUUGACUUGUCAACUGUUUGUCAUGGUAUGGAGUUUUGCAUGGCUUGAGCUGGUUAGUCACAGGAGCUUCAUGCCUAAAAUGUUGACUGGUAAUGGUCAAAAAGGUUGGCCUUAUAUCCAAAGGUUGCUUGUAGACCUGUUCCAAUUUAUGGAGCCUUUUCUGAGGCAUGCUGAACUUGGAGACCCAGUUCGUGUCCUCUACAAAGGAACACUUAGAGUGCUCUUAGUGCUACUUCAUGACUUCCCGGAGUUUCUAUGUGACUAUCACUUUACCUUUUGUGACGUUAUUCCCCCAAGUUGCAUACAGAUGAGGAAUAUCAUUCUAAGUGCAUUUCCGCGUAGUAUGAGGCUGCCCGAUCCAUCUACUCCCAAUCUGAAGAUUGAUUUACUUCAAGAAAUAACCCAAUCACCCCGCAUUCUUUCUGAGGUUGAUGCUGCGCUUAAAGCAAAGCAGAUGAAGGCUGAUGUAGAUGAAUACCUUAAGACAAGGCAACAGAGUUCUCCAUUUUUAUCUGAACUUAAGGAUAAGAUGCUUCUCUCACCCAAUGAAGCUGCCUCUGCUGGGACUCGAUACAAUGUGCCGUUAAUCAACUCACUUGUGCUAUAUGUUGGAAUGCAGGCAAUCCAUCAGCUUCAGGGACGUACUCCCCAUACGCAAUCUUCAGCUAAUGCAUUCCCCUUAGCCGUAUUUUCUGUUGGUGCUGCAUUGGAUAUUUUCCAGACACUCAUUGUAGAUCUAGACACUGAAGGACGAUAUCUUUUCCUAAAUGCUAUUGCCAACCAACUGCGUUAUCCUAAUACCAAUACACACUACUUUUCCUUCAUCCUUCUUUACUUGUUUGCUGAAUCAAACCAGGAAGUUAUCCAAGAACAAAUUACUAGAGUCUUGUUAGAACGCCUAAUUGUUAACCGUCCUCAUCCCUGGGGCCUCCUCAUUACCUUCAUUGAACUUAUCAAGAAUCCUAGGUAUAACUUCUGGAACCGGAGUUUCAUCAGAUGUGCGCCGGAGAUCGAAAAGCUUUUUGAAUCCGUGUCAAGAUCUUGUGGAGGUCCAAAACCAGUGGAUGAUAGCAUGGUGGUGUCCGGUUGGGUCUGA